CACCAGUAAGCAGAUCGUGUGGAUGUUAAACUAACGGAGCGCAGAGGAAACAUGCAGUCACCGGAAACAAUGAACCGGCACCACUCCGCUCCUCCACACACUGUCACCGACAGUGUUGUGAUGAGGAGGAGGAAGGCUCAAUGGCUGGUCUCAGUCAUGUUAUGCCUCUCUUUGGUUAUUGUUGUGUUGGGCAUCUACACCAGCACACGCACAGAGAGUGUCAGCAUCACCGGAUAUACGUCAGGGAUUAUCUUGGCAUUUGGAUCAUUCUUGGGUGUUCUUGGACUAAUUCUGGAGGAAAACCGCAAAAAAUUGUUGGUUGCAGCUAUUGUGUUCCUGAGUUUUGGUAUCAUUUCCAGUUUCCUGUGUCUUGUGGUGGAUGGUGUUUUCAUCCUGCUAACCAUUGAUGUGCGUCCAUUGAGGGCGGGGAGAUGUCAGUUCUACAACAGUGGAAACAGUUACAUCUAUGAGAAUUACUAUGCAACAGUUCCUUGUCAAGGUCUAACAGAGGCCUGUAGUAUGAAGGUCCGCAGCGGAACAUGUUACUGUUGUGACUUGUACGAUUGUGCCAAUGGAGGAUAUCUGAACAGUUAUUAUGAGUUUGUUGGUGUGCAGAGCUGUCAGGACGUCCUGUCGCUGUAUGUUCUCCUGUGGGUCCUAACUGUCCUCAAUCUGCUGGGCUUUGUGACUGGAAUCCUGACCACUGCUGUGUUGGGCAGUAUCAAAGACAUGAGAAGUGGGGGGGUCUGUCCUGAUGUGCCCCGGUGGGGGGGUUCAUCUCUCUUGUCAUUUGAAGGGGGAAACUGUUCAUCUCCCACUGCACCUCUGCUAAUGGAGGCCAGCUCACAGAUUGGACAUCAGCUCUACCCGAGGGCUUCACUCUACAUCUCACCUGCAUCAGCUGGAUCCAGUGUUCAACAGACAGGAUCUUCAUAUACGUCCCACACACAGACCAACCCACCCCCCUUUGCCCCCCUCUAUAACCUGCUACCCGACAAGACCUCCACCUUCUGCACUUAAACCAUCUGACUAUUGUGAUGCAAGUCUGCGCUUCUUAUAUAAACCAAACCUUACACAUUAAGAUUGGACUCCCCUUAAAGAGAUAACCCAAACAAAAAAAUCAGUCAUCAUUUAUUCAGCCAAAAUCUGUAUUUGAUUCUUUCUUCAGUGGAACACAAAGAAAGAUAUUUUGAGAAAUGUCUCAGUGGUUUUGUGUUCAUACAAUAGAAGAUAAUGGAGCAGGAGAGCAAUGACAAUAAAUUCAUUGCCAUGUAACAACAAACCAAUCAAACCCUGACGGAAAAAGUUAUGAAUUUAGGUCUCAUUUCCUUGUGUAUUAUCUGUUUAAUUCAAAAUGACAUCACACAUGAAAGUUACAUGUGUAGGAAUGAUUUUUCAUGUUAUGUUUAAGAUACUAACAAAGACUAACAGACUCAGUUCUCAGUUGAACAUAGGCUAAAAAUGAACACAUUUAACUUAAAUACAUUAUAGCUGAAAAAUACUGUUUAUUUCGAAUCAAUGUCUAACUGGCUUUGAUUUAAAAUAUGAUUUAAAACAAUUGAUUUAAAAUGAUUUAACUGCACUUUUUAAAACAAGGAAAAGGAACAGACCUUCAAAAAUGUCAUGUAAAUGUUUGUAUCUGUGUGAAUGUGUUUUAUUUCUGUUUUAUUUUUUAUGUAAUGGCAUAUUUUAUAUUACUUUAUAAAGCAAUUGUAUAUUUUUAUUUGAAUAAUCAUAUAUAUUUUUUUGAAGUGGGGCAUUUUCCUUGUGAAUCAUUUUUGGAUACCAACAGAUCAUUCACUUACUUGAUGAACAACAUUUAAAAUAUAUAUAACACAUAAAUAUAUAAAAUAUUCAUAUUUUUCUAAAACAUUUUGGUUUUGACUAACAAGAUCACAAAUUCCCGAAAUUACCCAAACAACCCAAAGCCCACAUGGAGUGUCUAAUUAAAUCAAGCAAAUGUCAGUGAAGAACUAAAAAUAAGAAUAACAUUUAACUAUCAAUAGGUCACCAGUUACUCAACUUAACGUUGCUCCAAACCCAUACAUUUCUGUCCUUUCUCUUUGAUGCAAUAUUAUCAGUUGCAGAAUACAUAAGGAACCAAUGACCAUUGCCAUAUUUCAUAUAUUCAUGUAUUUGUUAUAAAAUACAUAAAAAUAAUAGUGCAUUGUGUGGAUUACCUUCAUGUUGUGUACAGUAGAUCCAGAGGUUUCAGGGUCUGUCAGUAAAUCAGUGUUUUGUUCUGUGCGUCCCACAAAUGAACUACAUUAACUGAUGUAAUGUGUUUUGAUGAGCCACUCAGAAGGGGUACAAUCUGUUUCAAGUAUAACGUUCUUCCCAUUUAUUUCAUGCUUCCGAUAAACUCCAUCUGUCCACCAGCUUCGUGAAAUAUGUUACAGUUAUCAACACCACACGGAAAGGAUCUCAGACUGAAUGUAUACCAUGUGUAACAACGUUAAAUAGUUUUAUAGCAGAGGAAUGCACCGGGUUCGAUACAAGUUACCACCUUUGACAGCAUCUGUGGACCGCUGUUCCAGAAAAUUAUUGGUCUCAUAGUUUAUAAAAUCAAAGAUCACAUCUUUGUAAUGCAUUUAAAAUAGAUGUUCACUACUGUAAGUGCACCAGUAUUAACAUUAAAAUACAUUCUGGCAAGGUCAAGAUGAUUUGCAGUUCUGGCCAAAAACUUAGGAAAAUACGUUAAAGGUUUUUAGUGCUUGUCCCUCUAAAUAUAUCCUCAUAUUUAAAUGGUUUUAAUCGAACUUUAUCAUCAUAAAGAGCAAAUGCUCUGCAAAUACCAUCUCCGGGCAUUUUUUGGACACCAUUUUUAUAUUCCCAUAGUUCCUCAAGACAAGAGAUGAGAUUACUAAUGGAACAACAAUCAUUUAACCUGACAAGAAUGUAGAGUCUCAUCAGCAUAAGCAGGAGUACUUCUGAAAGAGAGAACCUAGAUGCAUAGAAAAUAACGGGCCCAAAAUGGAGCCUUGUGGGACAUCACAUGUGAUAACCAUUGAGGAUGAGGAGUGAUAGAAAACAUUCUGUCACCAUCUUACGAGAUAUACUAAGCUGGACAGUGGGACAUUUGGGUUGGGAAUGAAAAUUCUUAUUGCUUUAAGUCAUAAUGUGAUGGUAUUUCAGCAAUUCUGGCUAAAGGAUGAAAAUAGUACAUUUAUAAUUAGAAACCCUUGUAACAACAAAGAUAACAAGCUCAAUCUGUGACACAUGUGUCUUUAAUAUUGAAAUGAUAUUUAUAUACUAUGACACUGUGAAGGAGCGUGGAAUGAUAGGUGUUGUCAUCUUCACCUCCACUGUCGAUGGAAAUCAAUGUGACGAGACUCACCAAGUCAUAUUUAUGGAUGACAUCAAGAAAUAAAGUUGUAAACUGUAUAAUUCUUUUGAAUCGCUCUUGUGAUAUGGCAAUCAGUUUGUGCAGCACAUACAGUAAAUGUGAGAAAUAGUAGUCAGGGUUAGAGGAUUAUAUCAUUUGCAUUACUACAGGAAUUCACUAGAAAUUUCUUUCAAUGCAAUAAAUCUGACAGUGAUAUCAUAAAAAGUCUCUCAU